AUGAAACCUAUACUUAUGAAUGGAAGUGUGUGUGCUUUUAGCCCGCAAUGUUUCCAUGUGUUUGCGUUCUCACAGGGUCGUCGCUUGUAAGGUUAUUCGGAGGAAUUUAUCGGAAAUAAGAAAGCCACUGAAAGUCAUCGACAUGUCGCAGAAUGGUUCUGAAAGCAAGUACAAAUUCUACAAAGUUGUACUCACUGGAGGACCCUGUGGGGGAAAGACAACUGGCCAGAUCAGGCUGAGCACAUUCUUUGAAAAUUUAGGAUGGAAGGUCUACAGGGCCCCAGAGGCUGCCAUGACAUAUUUAGGUGGCGGUGUCCGUUUUCCAGAUUUAUCCAGAGAUGAAGCUUUCCGUCUUCAAGAAGACAUUAUAAAAACCAUGAUGGUCAUAGAAAAAACCUAUCACAAUCUUGCGGAGUCGAGAAACAGAAAUACUUUAUUGAUCUGUGACAGGGGCACCAUGGAUGGCUCUGCUUACCUGAUGAAAGAAGAUUGGGAGAUAAUGAAAGGGAGAAAUAACUGGAAUGAUGUGGACCUCAGAGAUAACAGAUAUAAUCAGGUUAUUCACAUGGUGUCUGCGGCUAGUGGGGCGGAGGAUUUCUACACUGUUGCUGGUCACAAGUCACGAACUGAAGAUCUUGAAGGAGCACGUGGCUUGGAUUCUAUCACAGCUGAUUCCUGGGUGGGUCACCCCUACUACGACGUGAUAGAUAACUCUACGGACUUUGACACAAAGAUAUCGCGGAUGAUUGCGGCUGUGUGUACAAGGGUCGGCAUCGAAACGGGAGAUCGGCUGGCUCCCAACAGCAUCAAGAGGAAGUUCCUGGUCACCUGUGUGGCUUCCGAUGAGUCUUUCCCACACUAUCAAGAGUUCCACGUUGUUCACGACUACUUGGUGACCCCGAGCCGAAAGAUGCAGGCCAGACUUCGCAAGAGGGGCCAGAAAGGCAACUGGACUUACACUCACACAAUUCGUCGGCCUGAGAUCAAGGAUCAGAGUGUCGAGCUGAGAAUGCCCAUCACAGAGAAAGAUUACGAGAUUCUGAUGGCCCAGAGAGACGAGCAGCACCAUACCGUGUUCAAAAUCCGUCGCUGCUUCCUGUGGAACAACCAGUACUACCAGCUGGACAUGUACCGGGAGCCCGCGCCGCCCAAAUGUAAGGGUCUGAUGCUGCUGGAAACGUUCACCACGGACAAGGGGCUGACCACCCUGCCGGACUUCCUGACGGUGGAGAAAGAGGUGACGGAGGAGCCCAAGUACUCCAUGUUCAACCUGUCGCAGAAGGACGAGUACCUGGUAGAUGGAGACCCUAACGCAGACAUGGCCGAGUAGGACACUCGGAAGUAGCCUCGUUUCGCUCAUUAUACUUUUAACCCUAUCCAUACAUCGUGUUUUACUAUUGUAUCCAUAUGACGUGGGGAACUCUGUGCCACCCCUUUCCAAAGAGGGAAUGUACUCAUUAAUUCGAUCUGUACGCUUUGCAUAGCAGUCUGUCAAAAUGAUUUUUUGGAGAAAUACUGAAAGUUUCAAAGAGAUCUUUGCACUAGAAGUAUUCCAAAAUGUGAAGAAUGCAACCCCAGGGGUACAAAAUGACCCCUGAGAUAGGGUUAAUGAACUCUUCAAUGUAUAUCAAUUAUUUUCUUUUUUAGCUCUGUUCUUUAAGCUUCACGGUUCCUUCGAUUUUCUUUUUUCCCGGCUGUCCUCCAGAUGUUUUUUUGCUCCGUUCCAAAUUUUCUGUUGGAUUCUGCAGAUUAAUGAUGAUACAUUGACGAAAGAUAUGCGUUGAAGGAAGAUGAAUACUGAAGAGAGACCUCUUUACUUUGAAAGCGCACCCUUAUGUGUUCUAUAGGUGGUCUGAGCUGCUUGGGCCUGACUUAGAUUGAAUGGUUGGCUCGUGCUGUGGUGUGGUAUGCUCUUUCUUUCUUAUCAAACAUCUAUCGUUUUUAUCUCUCCUCCCUCUUUUUUGUGUUUGUUACUCUCUUGUUACAUCUAUGUGACCUUAUUGCAUUGCAAGUGUCAUGAAACUCUUCCUAAAACUAAACCAUAGACCUGACUUAUAUUAAGGCAGAAUUUAAAUGUGCGAAUCUCUCUUCGACAUUAUCUCUCUGGUUACUUGUGGAUAUACCAGUAUUCUCAAGGGGUUUUUUUUCAAAGAGGAGGGGUCUAUUGUUCUAAUAUAUGAAUACUGUCAAUUUGUACAAUACGACCACCCAUUUUAUAUAAGUAGGAAAAAAGCUGAACUGUUGUCUUUACCUGUGGGUGUCUGACAGUGUCACAAAAAUACAGAAAAAGCACAAAGGAAGAAGUAGAAAGUGGUUGUUUGUACAAGUGAUUGUCUUGUACAGGAGGCCAUUCCAGUAGAUUUGACUGUAUUUGUUUGUAUGUUUCUCAUCCUUAGAAGUGGCACGGUCUUGAGCAGUUUUAGCGAGUGAUUUGCGGAGCCUGGUCUUUGAUAUGUCUGAUCCAGAGAAUGUGUGCGAAGAUUUUUUUUAUUUGUUUCUUUACUCAAUUAAGAUAUAUUAAUAUCAUAUCAGUCAUCGUAUCACUGUAGUUUUACACUCAGCGCAUUUAUGGUAGAAAA